AUGUUUAACAAACAUCAUAUCUCUACCAAGAACCUUGACGGCCCAAAAUUAGAUACAACCCAAGUUCGUCGUAAAAGCUGUGUUUGUGAUCAUUGCGGAGUCACUGCACUCAAAGAAGAUCAUCUCCCCAAUCAACUAUGUGAAAUUGCCCAUCACAAAAAAGCCAGAUUGGAAGAAGUAUUCCUUAGCAAACUUGAUGGAACCAAGAAAUACAUAAGAAAUGAUCAAAAACGAAAGAAUUUCAGAAUCUUCGCAAGAAAUCCCUUAUUCAUUUUACGAUCUAAGCCUGACCUAGAUGAAAGUACGCAUUAACAGACUUCACCCACAAAAACUAACACGCCUGAAAAACAAAGCAUGAAAACUGAAUAACCGUAAAUUGUCCAAUCUCGCACUCAUAAAUAUGUCCCAAGUUCGAAUUGCUUUCUCCAAAAUAUCAAACAACAAGUCCUGCGCCAAGAAAAAACCAUCAACAGAUUGCUCAGAGAUCGCAAGGCUGUACAAUCUCUAUAAUUCUCGCCAAGUGGUACUAUAGCCAUCAAUAAAUCUCAUCAAAAAAAUAAAAAAAUCUACUUGAAACAAUUAAAACCCUUACCCAAACAGCAACAACUCCAAAGCAAAUUUAAGUGUCUCAUUAGAGAAUUCUUCAACUCCUCUAAAGCAAAACAAUACUGA